GAAGGAGGAGGCCACAAGGAGCUACGGGCAAGCGAUUCCAUCCACCAAUCGCAGCAACGAUGGUGUCCAAGCUCCUCCUCUGGGCCUUCCUGGCGCUGGCAUGCCUCCUGACGUUCACUGGCGCCGCCGACGUCGGGGUCAGUGAGCACGGGCAGAACGGGCUGCGUGCCCACCACACGGGGGUCCACUCCAUCAAACUCAACGAGCAGCUGAAGGUACGGGCGAGGGCUGAGGAAAGCCACUUGCACUGGAGAAAGGCCUUUGUUGCUGAUGCAUGGUUGCCUUGCCGCUUCUGGUUUGCCUGCAGGCAUGCCCUGGUGAGACCCGUAAGGACGGAAAGUGCAACAAAGACGAUACCCACCGCGUAGGCGCAGAGCUGACGUGGCACGUGUGAUGGGCGGGCCUGUGGCAUGCGUGUUGGGUGCAUUGCAGGUAUGUGCGCACAUCAAGGGCACCGACUUCUUCGAGAAAUCCGGCCAGGGGAGCUGGAGCGAUACAAUCCCCGAGCCCGGCUACUGGUAUGGUACACACACACACACACACACACACAUCCAUCACCCAACCCACCACUCGCAGCACAGCGCAGCACAGCCAGUCGACUGAUGUGAUGUGUGUCCUGUCCGCCCACCCAGGUGCAUCUGCAUCGGGCGGCUCGAGAAGUACCUCGAGAACGGCGGCAACCAGAUCGCCGUCGACUGCGGGGCCACCUCCUUCGACCGCGUCUGCCAGGCCACGUAAGCAGCCCUUCUCUUGUCUUUGAGCCACUUAUCCGUAUGUGGGUGUUGGUGUGUGUGUGUGUGUGUGUCAGUGACGAGGGCAUGAACACCCCCAAGGCCAAGGCUUUCGUACUGGAGAAAUGCCCCGAGAAGAAAUGCCCCUAGAAGGAGGAGAAGAUGUAGCAGGCCGGCCGCCGGCUUCAGGGCCAGGCGCGGCACCUGUACAGACGAACAGAUAGCACAGCACGGCACACACUGACCGCAAAGAGAGAGAGUGUGUGUGUGUGUGUGUAGCCGAACCCAAUAGCCAGCCGACCGACAAGGGCAAUGAGUUUCUGAAUGCAUGGCCUGUGUUGAUAUGUGCCCGGUAUCAAU